UUGAGCAUCUAGGAUUGACUGCUCUGCCUUGCCAAGAAUCUGCAGAACCUCCUCCUGCCAGCCUGCCUCGACUUCCCAGCUCUCCUGGUAAACGCGCUCUGCACACCACUCUGUGGCCACUCAAGAGGCCAGGGUACUUCUGAUGCCUGGCUGCGCUGGGACUGGUGGCUCCCGGUGGGACCCCACUUCCAUUGAUGCAUCAGCUUCAUCCUUCCUGUGUGCUCAGAGGCUAUGACUCAGGUGAAAGGAGUAUUUUGCCAGCCCCCCGCUGUCAUGCAGCCGUUCAGCAUCCCCGUUCAAAUUACACUCCAGGGUGGCCGGCGGCGCCAGGGGAGAACAGCCUUUUCUGCCUCAGGGAGGAAUAGAAACAUAGACCACAAUGAUGGAGACCUCCCAGAUGUGCACAAGAAGCUGCCAUCCAGUGCUGGAGAGGACCGAGCCGUGCUGCUAGGGUUUGCAAUGAUGGGCUUCUCGGUCCUCAUGUUCUUCUUGUUUGGAAUAACCAUUCUAAAGCCUUUCUUGCUCAGCACUCAGAGAGAAGAAUCAAACUGUACUAUCAUCCACGCUCAUAUCAUGGAUGACUGGAUGGACUGUGCUUUCACCUGUGGUGUGGACUGCCGAGGGCAGGGCAAGUACCCAUGUCUUCAGGUGUUUGUGAACCUCACCCAUUCAGGUCAGAAAGCUCUCCUACAUUAUAAUGAAGAGGCUGUCCAGAUAAAUUCCAAGUGCUUUUACACACCCAAGUGCCACCGAGACAGGAAUGAUUUGCUCAACAGUGCUCUGGACAUAAAGGAAUUCUUCGAUCACAAAAAUGGGACCCCUUUUUCAUGCUUCUACAGUCCAGACAGCCGAUCUGAAGAUAUCAUUCUCAUAAAAAAGUAUGACCAAAUGGUAAUCUUCCACUGUUUAUUCUGGCCAAUGCUGACUCUGCUAGGUGGUGCCCUGAUUGUUGGCAUGGUGAGAUUAACACAGUACCUGUCCCUAUUGUGUGAAAAAUAUAGCCCCCCCCCCCCCCCAAGAGACGAGGUAGGUGGCAAAGCACCUUAUAUGGAACAGCAUCGAUUUAAACUGUGGAGCAUGGGGAGGAGCCAAGAAAGAAGCAGAGAAAUCUUACGUUAAGGUCUUGGCCUUUGGAUGCUUGGCAAUUUUUGCGCCUGAGGACCUAAUGAUGCCUGCUUGGAGACUAACCAUGUAGAUACCACUCAAAUUAAGUAUGAUACUUCACACAGGAAGAAACAUUUUUAAAAAGCCUCAUUAUGUAGUCCAUCUAUUCUAUAAAUAACCACAAACUCACCGUCUUUUCCUCUACCCCACAUAUUCCACGUGAGCCAAGGCAGUGCUUUUGUUCCCUCAUGGCAACACAGGCUUCAGGUAGUUGUGCUUGAUCUAAUUUCGGCUCUUGUGGAACCUGUUGGUGUGGAGUACACGAUGAGGGCAUCUACCUGCUGACCACUGAAUGGCCAGUCUCUUUGUUGGCAACAGAGUUCACCUCAAAAUAUUUCUCAAAAAAAA